UUGCAGAUUCUGUGCCAGAAUGAUGCAUUUGUAAGCAUAUGCUGUGCCGGCUCCUGUGUCACUGCAGCCUCUGAUGCCAAGUCCUCAUUCCCUCUCCCAGGGCUGCUGUAUGUGCAUCUUUGCUGGGAAGGGCUGCAAAGGUAGAAGGAGAAGUUGCAGAGUAAAAAGCUUGGUCAUCAUUGGCUCUAACUUUUUUCAUUCUUUUUCUCCUUUUCAUUACACAUCACCAGUGUAAAUGGAUGGGCUUCACAGAAGCUUGAAGUACUGAGAGGUUUUGAUCCAGACCCAAGCUACAACCCAGUGAUGUCCGAGACCAAACUGGAUGAUCCCCCUUCUUGUAGGAACCGGUCUUCUGUUCCAGAACUGAAUGAUACUCAGGAGCCUUUUUCAAUCCCCUCUGUUGACUAUGAUGAUGAGGAAUUUCUGCGAUACCUUUGGAGGGAAUAUUUACAUCCCAAAGAAUAUGAAUGGGUCCUGAUUGCAGGGUAUAUUGUUGUAUUCAUUGUGGCUCUCAUUGGAAACAUCCUGGUUUGUAUUGCAGUGUGGAAGAACCAUCACAUGCGGACAGUUACCAACUACUUCAUAGUAAACCUCUCCCUGGCUGAUGUUCUUGUCACAAUCACUUGUCUUCCAGCCACGUUAGUAGUGGAUAUCACAGAAACUUGGUUCUUUGGGCAGACCCUCUGCAAGGUGAUCCCCUAUUUACAGACUGUGUCAGUCUCUGUGUCUGUACUAACACUUAGCUGCAUCGCUUUGGAUCGCUGGUAUGCAAUUUGUCACCCUUUGAUGUUUAAAAGCACAGCCAAGAGGGCAAGGAAUAGCAUUAUCGUUAUCUGGAUUGUGUCCUGCGUUAUGAUGAUUCCUCAGGCUGUUGUUAUGGAAUGCAGCAGUGUGUUCCCAGGAUUAGCUAACAAAACAAUCUUAUUCACAGUUUGUGAUGAACACUGGGGAGGUGAGGUCUACCCCAAAAUGUACCACAUGUGUUUUUUUCUGGUGACGUACAUGGCACCAUUGUGUCUUAUGGUGUUGGCCUAUUUACAAAUAUUUCGAAAACUAUGGUGCCGCCAGAUCCCAGGAACUUCAUCAGUAGUUCAAAGAAAAUGGAAGCCUCUGCCCUCUUUAGCACAGCCCCGGAAACUGGGACAAUCAACCAAGUCAAGGAUUAGUGGGGUAGCAGCUGAAAUAAAACAGAUUCGAGCCAGGAGGAAAACAGCACGUAUGCUAAUGGUGGUUCUCUUGGUUUUUGCACUUUGCUAUCUACCAAUUAGUAUCCUCAAUGUCUUAAAAAGGGUUUUGGGGAUGUUUAACUAUGCUGAUGACAGAGAGACUGUGUAUGCCUGGUUUACAUUCUCGCACUGGUUAGUGUACGCCAACAGCGCAGUGAACCCUAUCAUUUAUAACUUUCUCAGUGGAAAAUUUAGAGAAGAAUUUAAAGCAGCUUUUUCUUGUUGCUGGCUUCGCAUUCACCAUCACCAGGAUGAACGACUCACCAGAGGCCAUGCAAGCACUGAAAGUCGGAAAUCCUUGACCACCCAGAUCAGCAAUUUUGAUAAUGUUUCAAAACUUUCAGAACAUGUUGUGCUGACCAACAUGAGCACACUCCCAGCAAAUGGUACUGGACCUAUUCACAACUGAUAGUAUACUUGUCCCUGUCUUUUGAUGCCUUUGUAAAUUAAAAUUUGAUCUUACAUCCAACAGUCUUUUAACCAGUGACCACAAGAUUGCAGGACAAAGAUUGUAGGACUGUGAACUGACAGCAAGUAAUAUCAUUUUACAAAAUGUGUUUUAUAAAUUCACCCACAACUUUGUUUAUAAACUUAGAGAGUUAUAAUUUCAUAUAAUUUGCUUUGAAGCUGUAUACAUUGGAAUUUCAGGGGAGGGUAGUAUGUUUUUUAAAUAUUUUCAUUGGAUUUCUGCUUGUUUUGAUCUUGCAGUAAAGAGCAAGUAUCUGGAGAUGUAUACAAUAUUUGACUUUAAGUCGGAAUGUGUGUGUGAAAUCAGCCAGUAUUCAGCUUCGUGUUGAUUCUCCGACUGUGCCACGAUAUAGCAGAAAUUUUUUAGAACAGACAUUCUCACCAAACUUGGAUGCAAACCUUUUGCAUUCCCUGAAUGUCAAUGAAAAUUUCAAAGUAUCUUUUCAUAAACAGCUUUGAAUCUGAGCUGUCUUAGUCAUGUGGAGAAGUCAUAUGGUAUUUUCUUCUUUCUCACAUUGUCUGAGACUACCCUAGGUGCUGAGGAGGAGUGGCAAAGCCAUUAUCAUUCAGUUUCUCAGAAAGAGGGUGCUUUUAGAUGUGCCCUAAUUCUCUCACACAGUGGGCUCUGCUAUAUAUUUUGUUAUUUGUCUUAUAUCCCAAUGUAACUUUGCAAGGGAAAUCAGGUGUCUAGCUCUGUGGGAUAAGGUUUAAGGAAGGCCUUUUGUCCACUCGUCUAAAAGUCCUACUGGUAGGCAUCACUGUUGUCUGUACUUGGACACUGCAUUAUAGAUUUUACUUUAAUGGAACUAUCUAAGCCUCACAUGAUUAGGUUUUGUUCAGCAAAGGGAUAUUACAUUGCAAAAAAAUCAGAAUUCUUCUCUGGAGUCUCACUCAGAUUCAUGUCUGCUGCUACAAAAACUCCUCAAACUAUCAGACCUACUGUCUGAAAUUAUUUUAGUGCCUGAUACUGCAUCCGUUGAAGACAUCAGGUAUAGGAUGAAGCCUUUAGCUGUUACUGCCUGGGAUAUAUUUUGUUGUUUGAUAUUAUCUUAAUCUGUGCUAUAUAGGUUUUUAUACUGUGCUCCUCCUCGUGGUAUCUGAGCACCUUCCAGUAAUGCAUUAAGCAAUGUGCCAUGUGUCGUUUGUUCCCCGGGUCAUGUUGGUUCUGAUAUCGGACAUCCUCAAAAAUGGAAGAGCAGAGUUGAUUUCUUAUUUCAGAUCAAAGCUCCAAACACGAUGAGGCAGUAGCAUCAAGAAGAGGUAUAUAGUCCCGUGAUCCCAUACAUAGGCAUAGGAUGAGCUAUGUAUAUCCAUACCACCUGCAAGCAUUACAAACCUAUUGCACACAUGUAUAUCAUGAAUUUCCCAGACCUACCUAGUACCAACCAACAUGUAGGGUGGUGGUGACUCAAACACUGGUCCUCUGGAAAAAGAUUGCUGUAUUCUCAAGGGAAAGCAGACAUGGAAAAGGCUAGUUUAUUUGUUGCUCCUACCAGAGUUUAUUAUUUGAUUAAACUUUAAUUUGCCCAUCUUCCGUCCUGUGGCUGUUUCUGUGUAUGUGGCACAGGUGGGGUUCAUCGAUACUACACAUUUACACCUGUGAGAAGGGAUUCUGGUUGGGGAAGCCUCUCUAACUGUGUCGCUGCAGAUGCUGCUCCUGCUCGAGUUCAUUAUUGUUCAUAAUUCUCAACUCUGCCUGUGUCUGAGCGCCACACAAUUAAUAAAAGUCAGAAGUGCUUUGGGUACACGAUGGAAUCCUGAUAAGGACCAGGCCAGUGUAUCUACUGAUGAAUCUACUUAUUGGCUGAAUGUUAAAUAAGUAGCAACUAAAAUGUAACAGUUGGGAGAGUGGCUGGUUUGAGCAAAGGUAAUAUUCCAUCCUACCUUUUUAAAGUUCUUACAUUACACCCAUCUUCCGGGGCUCUGAGUAUUGGAUAUUUUCAGGUAAAAUAUAACACUGUAAGACUAAAUCAGGGUUCUAAAUCAACAGCCAUUGCUUGUAAAUAUCAUUCAAAUGUUUUAAAUGUUUGAAAAUAUGAAAAUUCGGAGAGAAAUAUUGUGACAUGAGGUUUUUUUUUUUAAGCAGAAUUCCCCAUAGCCUUCGGUGGAGGAUUCUGCUGAAAAAAUGAUGGCAGUGUUUAGAAACUUUUCUCCUAGGUGAUGUCAAUAGACCUUUGAUACUAUCGACAGAAGACUCCAGUCUGGCCCCAUUUGUAAGCAGUAAAAUCCAUAUUAUAUGUUACAGGUGUCACGGCCAAACUCAGCCCAUUGAAGUCAGUGGAAUUGCACCUGCGUACGUCAGGGAUGAGCAUGACUUCAAGUUUAGAUGAAGCAGAAAGAGUUUCUGUGGAAGACAGUGGCACAACAGAGAAUACAGAGUGGGCCAAAUUCAUCCCUGGUGUAACCAAACUGACCUUACUGGAGUUACACCAGGGAUGAGGUUUGCCCUGUACAUUUAAAACAACCUGCGAAUGGCAUUCCAGUAACAACACAACAGUUGGACAAAGGGAUUCCCCCAAAACGACUGCUUCUUCAAUUCCCAGUCUCAUGGAAACUUACUUACCUCAUCAUGAGCUAAACAUACAGAAUUCACAUCAUUGCAAGACGUUUUAAAGAAUAUAUUGCAUCAUGCUUUGUACAUACUGGAUAUAUUUAUUUUUAAUAUGUUCCAGAUGCCAUGUAACAUUCUCAAAUGCAUCAUGUAAAGAACUCAGUAUUUCAAAGCAAGGAGUCAUUAACAUUUGUAUUAUGUACUGAUACCAUUAAUGACAGUUUAUCCUCCGAUGCAUUAGUGGAAUUUUGGAAUUACUUUUACACAUGAUACACAAAUGCAUGGAGUCUGGGCAAUAAAAUGGAAGAUCUGGAAUACUAGUGCAGGAGGGCAAACCAGACACAGGGAUUACAGAAACAUGGUGAAACAGCACUCAUGACUGGUAUUGAAAGGUAUGUCUGUUUAGGAGAGCUAGAAAUAAAUAUAUGCAUCUAUGUAAACUGUAAAGGAAAAAGAAGUGGCAGUAUAGACAAAACAGAAGCUAUUUGGGUCAAAAUCACCUUGGGGAAGGAUUGCAAAAGAGGUUCUAUUGGGACAGCUAUAAGGGUCUGCUAUAGAUCCCCAGGGUCGGACUCCGAUAUGGAUAGUAGUAUUUCUCUUUCUAAUAAUAUUACCAUUUUUGAGGAUGACAAUAAAUAUUAGAGAGGAAAACACUACUUGGAAUUGUGUCAUAAUAGGAGAUUUUAUCUUCCCAGAUAUAUAUAGAUUAGAGAUAUAGAUAUAGAUUAGAGAAUAAAUGCUUCUUAAUACUGGUAGGGCCCCGUUCCUGGAUAUGAUAGAUGUCAGUUUUCCUCAUCAAAUUGUUGCUGAACCAGCAAGGGGUGAUGCAGUUUUAAACUUGUUUUUUGUAAGCAGUGAGGAAAUCAUAGAUAAGAUGGUCGUAGGAAAUUACCUUGGACUGAGUGAUCAUGAGUUUAAAUUAAAUGCAAAGGU